GAUAUAUGAAGUAACAUGUAAGAGUGUGAUUCAUGCUGUAAGGAUACUGUUCAUCAACUGGAGUGAAAGCAACUGGCUGUGAGAGACCGUAACGGAGAGGGUCAUUUAGAAUUUUGAGGAGAGUUACAGAAUUCCCAUCUCACGGAGCUCGACAUUUCUGCAGUAAAAUGCCUGGGAUUUCCCUCGACUUACAAUCAAUGACCACUCCUGUAGGAAUCGUGCGAUUCCUGGAAAUCUUCCUGUCCUGUACGGCGUUCAGUCUGAUAGCCAACGUGCAGGAAUACAAAGGGGCUUAUGGAGGCUGGUGCAUGUUCACAUGGUGUUUCUCGUUCGCUCUUACGAUACUUAUCGUUAUCCUGGAACUGACGGAGGUUCACAGAAGGAUUCCAAUCUCCUGGGCAGAUUUCACCACCUCUUUCGCCAUGAUGGCCACUCUGAUGAACUUAACCAGCUUCAUCAUCUACCCCUCCAUCUUCCUCGUCAGCGAGAAUCCGUCAAAUAAGGACCACAAAUUAGCGGCCACUGCAAUGGCUUGCCUGUGCUUUGUUGCUUACGCUGCUGAAGUUUCACUAACAAGGGUGAGGCAAGAGGAGCUCAGUGGAUUCCUGACAACAGUACCUGGGCUCCUGAAGGUGUUGGAGGCUUUUGUUGCCUGUAUUAUUUUUGUAUCCAUCGAAGGGACAUACAGCAACAUGGCAGGUCGUCAGUGGUGCAUGGCAGUGUACUGUGUAUGUUUCAUCAUUGCCUUACUGAUUAUAAUAGGCACCAUUGCGAAGCUUAUUUCAAGGCUACCGUUUCCGUUUGAAAGGUUCUUAACCGCCUACAACAUUCUGGCUGUGUUGAUGUACCUCACCGCUGCGAUAAUGUGGCCGAUAUUCUACUUCAGGGAUAAUACAAGCAGGCCACCGAAAUGUCCGAAGGGGCACUGUGAGUGGGAUAAUAUGUUGAUAGCAACUGUCUUAACCUUUGUUAAUCUCGCUGUCUACAUUGUAGAUCUGUUUUAUUCUGCACGGCUAGUGUUUGUAACUGUUGCUUCUUAACUGACUCGGAAAGCAUUUCCCUUUGUUUCAGGAAUGUUACUGUAAGAGUCGUUAAACACGAUUGAUCUAGAUAGACUCUAAGAGGUCCACAAUUUGGCAAAUUCAACUCUGAUUUUGAAGUCAGUUUUCUGUAGAUGCUUAAAAGAAAUGUACGUACAAGAAAUGUUGUGAUGGAAGUGGAUAACAACUAUGAAAUUAAAACAGUGUUUUUUUGCUGAA